AUGUUCAUAUCCAAUGCUGGUCAAUGUAUGAUGUUCAACUUGAAGAAAUAUUCAGAUAAGAAAAGUGCUCGACAAGCACGGUUACAAUUGUCAUCACGUAGUCAAGGAGGAGGUUCCGGCUAUGGUGCGAGUUUAGCAACACCUCUUCGUGCUGUUGACAUGUCAAAUGCAUCGAAUGAUGUCAAAUUGAAUACAGGUGACUUAAUUGAUGAUUCAUCACCGGUACCGAUUGAAGAUCGUUCGUUAGUUGGACGAUUACUCACUUGUAAACCAUGUCGACAAAUGAUCAAUCACGAGAAGAUUAAGAAUCAAAACACAAAACAGAAUUCGGCAGAUGGUGAAGUUAAUUUCUAUUGGAAAUAUAAAGCGAACGAAUGCUAUGCUAAAAGACAAGAAGCCGAAGAGGUUCAAGAAAGACUUGACAAUCUUUCAAACAGUGUGACCGAUGGAAAACGAGAUAUGGAUGCUGUACGAAAAUCUUUACGACAAAUUAACGAUCGCGUUUUUUCCUUAGAAAAAAUGAUGAUCGAUUCACAUAUAUUACUUGAAAAACUUCAUGCGGCAAUGUAUCAGCAAGAUAAACCAUUACCUAAAAGUCAAAAAUGUUCUCAUGUUCUAUCACGUGAAUCACCCUAUGUCUAUACUAAUGAAGCUCGGUUUUCCGUUACUGAAAAACACAUUCCAUGGAAGCUUCCAUUCGAUCUCUAUGAUCCUACAUUGAUUACAUUACCGAAAGAGCACAUUUGCUUUCGAGACGAUGAACGUCCAUUUGUCGAACCUAAUUUGUGA